AUGAGCUCAAAUAAUAAACGUACUAUCUAUGUAGGCGGUCUAGCAGAGGAAGUCGAUGAAAAGGUACUGAACGCAGCUUUCAUCCCAUUCGGAGAUAUCAUCGACGUACAGAUCCCAUUGGACUAUGAAUCAGAGAAACACAGGGGAUUUGCUUUUAUCGAAUUCGAAAGUGCAGAAGAUGCAGCAGCAGCCAUAGACAACAUGAACGAUUCUGAAUUAUUUGGUAGAACUAUCAGAGUCAAUUUGGCCAAACCACAGAGGAUAAAAGAGGGAUCUACAAGACCUGUAUGGUCAGAAGAUACUUGGCUGCAACAACAUGCAGGUGAAACUAUUGGUAAAAAAAUUGGGGAGAUUGUUGAAACACAAGAGCAGACUGAAAGUGAAACUGAUACAAAACAGGAACCAAAAAAAGUUAAGAAUCCACAGGUCUAUUUUGAUAUUAAGAUUGGAAAGGCAGAGGUAGGCAGGAUUACAAUGAUGCUGCGUGCUGAUGUUGUACCACGUACUGCAGAAAACUUCAGGUGUUUGUGUACCCAUGAGAAGGGAUAUGGAUUUCAAGACAGCUCAUUUCACAGAAUCAUCCCUGAUUUCAUGUGUCAGGGUGGAGAUUUCACUAAUCACAAUGGGACUGGUGGCAAGUCAAUUUAUGGCAGAAAAUUUGCAGAUGAAAAUUUUGAAUUGAAACAUGUGGGACCAGGGACUCUUUCUAUGGCCAAUUCUGGACCAAACUCAAAUGGCUCCCAAUUUUUUAUAUGCACUGCAAAAACAGAUUGGUUGGAUGGGAAGCAUGUUGUUUUUGGGCAUGUGAUCAGUGGUAUGGAUGUAGUCAAGAGAAUGGAGAGGUGUGGUGCAAAAAGUGGAAAACCUACUGAAAAAAUAACUAUUUGUUCUUGUGGUGAGGUUCAAUGA